UUCAAAGUAAAAGUUAAUGUGAUUUGACGUUAUUAAUGCAGAAAACAAAAUUUUAUAUACAAAUCCAUCUCUGAGAGUUUAAACUUUUAGAUGAAGUGGUUUGACGGUAUUGGAGCACAUAAUGAUCACAUUUAAGUUUCACCGCCACUCAUUUAAAUUGGUGCAUGGGCUGCAUUUUGAUGUAAAAGCAAAACUCAGUUGGGAACACUUCAAGAAAAAAUUAGUUAAGUCAACUUAUCACCAUUCUAACUGUGUGAUCUUGGAGACAAGGUUCAGCAACUAUUAUUGAAAAAACUUAAGUAUUAAAUAUGUCAUUGUUAAGUCAAAAAAGAGUUUCGACUCAUGGGAUGUAUGUAGAAGGUUUAACUGUCAUACUAUGGAAGAAAUACCAGCUCUGAUAUCUAUGAGACUACAAAAAUAUCCGUAUAUCAAUAUUGCGCACUCUACUAUUUUUUUUUUUUUAAGUAGAACAUCAGGUGCCUCCAAAGUAUGCUGAUGGGGUUUGGAUUCCCAACCAUGUAUAUAAAAACAAAGUCCAUGAGUACAAAGGGAAGGGAGCGUAAACCUAACCUUCCAAAAGCAAAUAGAUGCAAUACAUGAAGAGAAGUAAGAAGUCGGAAGUACUACUUCCCAUACAAAGCGAGCAAACGAAAAUCAAACUAAUGCUCUCUAAUGUUAGGAAAAGCAUAUCUAUCAAUCAGAGCAAGAGCUCGAAGUCCGUGUUGGAAGAUCAAGGGGACCAAAUUAUUGAUAAUGUUGCAGAUCCCAUCCUACAAAUGCAAGUGAAUCAGCAACUUAGUUCAUGAUCAAUAGAGAGAAUAUAUGAUCAGUCUAAGAAUGAUCUAUGUCGCCCAUGAUCCUCCGCCUCUAAUGAUGCAGUAAACGGCCACAGAUGAAUCUGCCACCACCCAAAUGUCGGAUAAUCCUAGUCGGCGAGGACAAUAAAUACCAGCCAAGAUAAGUCAUAUCUCAGCUUGGAGCCAUCCCGAUAAGAUGAGAAAGCUCUAAUGCAAUGACCAGAAUGAUACCCGAUAAUGUCCCCACCACUAGCAAACAUCCUUGAUUCGUCCGUCAGUGUUGAUCUUAUAAAAUUCGAUCAGUGGAAUAUGCCAAAGAACCAAAAUAGGGGGUGCUGAGGGAGGAAUAGUCAACAAAAUGCCAAAGAGAAAGGUCGUAUCCAUGUACCCAUGCUAAUGAAUAGGCCAGAAUAGGCGACCUAUGUGAAGAAGCACAAUCGUGCAGUAGACUCCCCCAAUUAUUUUUCGAGAGUCCGUGUGUAUACUAUUAUGCUAUGCAUUAUUCCUUGCAAGCCAUAAAACCAAAAGAUCAACUGAGGGAUGAUAGUGCGAAUGUGUCCCUUACGAACAUAUUGACACAAAUACCUCCAUCUCUAGAACCGAGAUCGAACUCCCUCAUUUGAUAUAAUCGGUAACUGAAAUCAUAAAAAUGAUCUAGGACAACGAUCAUGAGAGAGCCUAAGGAGAGACAUCUUUUUCUUAUUUCACCUAAGCCUAUUUCAUUUUUGUGUGUCUGUAAUUCUACUACUUUUGAUAUUUCUAAUGUGCUACAACACUUGUUAAACUCUUAUUUACUUGGUAAUAAAAAUUCUGCAUCGAUUUCAUCUAUCUCUUUGGAUUGUGUUUCAAGUAAACUUGCUAAGAGUAAGGUUUUACUGAUCCCUUCUUAUGGUUCUCAUGCUUUGCAUAUUUUCGAAUUUGUUCAUAGUGAUGUUUGGAGUCUUGCACCUAUGGUAUCUCAUAAUCAUUGCAAAUACUUUGUUACUUCUACUAACAACUAUAGUCACAUGGGUUUAUUUUCUCUGUGCAAAGAGAGGUUCUCUAUCUUUCAAGUUUUCAUUGCUCUCAUUGACAACCAAUUUUCCUCAAUCGGGAUCUUACGAUCUUAUUCAGGAGGCGAAUAUUAAUCUAAUGCAUUUCAAUAUUUCUUAUAGUGCAAAGGCAUUAUUUUUCAGCAAUCUUGUCCAUCUACCAUUCAACAAAAUGGUAGAACGCAAGAAUUGUCACCUUUUGGACAUGGUUAGAGCUUUUCUGAUUGAGUCGUCUGUUCAUCCUCAUUUUUUUGUGAAGCAUUGUCCACCGUUGUUCAUAUCAUAAAUCGAUUGCCUUCUCCUGCUCUUGAUAAUGUAUCUCCAUUUUAUUAGCUCUUUGAUCAUCAUCCUAAGUAUUCUUAUCUCCGUCCCUUUGGCUAUGUUUGUUGUUCAUUUACCACCACAUGAAAGAACAAAACUAACACCUCAAUCUAUCCGGUGGGUGUUUUUGGGAUAUGGUGGGACUCAAAAAGAUUAUGUCUAAUACGAUCCUAAAACACAUCACAUUAAGAUUUCUCAUAAUGUAGUUUUAUUUGAUAAACUAUCUUUUUUCACUUCAGAAAUUGUUGUUUUCCCCGUGUUCCCUGUCUUGAUUUCUUUACAAAAUUCUCUCGGUACAAACCAGUUCUAGUUUACAUUCACAGGCAUGCUACACUGAUCACUUCUCCCGAGCUUCUUUCUUAGUCGACUGUCUCCUCAAGCCCCCUAAUCCUCCACCAACGACAUCAGAUCCUUCACCAAAUGGUCUUCCGCCUUCCAUCACCCUUCGUCGCACUCCAGAUAAUUAUGAUUUUUUUUUCCAUAGCUCUAUAUCUGCUACCCUUAACUCAAUUUCUAGUCCUCCCUCCUAUAGACAAGCUAUGGAACAUAAGUGUUGAUAACUGGCAAUGAAUGCAGAACUUGAGGCUUUUGAACCCAACCAAACUUAGGAUAUUGUGCCAUAUCCUCCAACUGUGUAAAUGGGCAUAUUCACUCAAACUUCGUUCUGAUAGUUCUCUUGAGCGCUAUAAGGCUCGAUUAGUUGCCUUCAAAAAUCAUCAAGAGUAUGAAAUCGACUAUGAUGUGACAAUUGCUCCCGUAGCUAAAAUGACCAUCGUUCGCCUCUUGUUAUAGCUUGUCGCUUCCCAAUCUUGGUCUUUACAUCAAAUGGAAGUAAAUGAUGCUUUUUAAUAUGGUGACCUUAAAGAAGAUAUUUAUAGUAAACUUCCAUCUGGUAUGCCUCUUUCCUCGAGCACAGUUUGGCAAGUUCCGCCACACUCUUUUCAAUUUCUCCUUUAGUUAAAGUUAGUAUGACACAUCAGUGUUCUUUCACAAGUGUACUACUAGCAUCAUUUUUCAAUUAGUAUAUGUGAAUGAUAUUAUUAUCUCUGGAUCUGAUCACUCCAUUAUUCAAAAGCUACAACACCACCUUUACUUGGUUUUUGAUAUGAAAGACCUUGGUGAUUUCACUUAUUUCCUUAACUUAGAAGUUCAUAUUGUACGGCAUGAUAUCUUCUUAAAUCAACACAAGUAUAUCCAAGACAUGAUUAGUUUGGCUGAUUUAUCUGAAGCCUCAUCAAUUGAUACUCCAUUGGAGCUUAAUGUUAAAUAUCGACGAAGGUAAUAUUCUUCCAGACCCUAUUCUAUAUCCAAAGUUGGUUGGUAGUCUCAUCUAUCUCCGUGUAAGCGUCCGAAUAUUUCCUUUGCAGUUCACAUUGUCAGCAAAGUUAUGGACGUCCCUCGUCAUCUUCACUUGGUAGCUGUCCAUCGCAUUAUUCGCUACAUUACUGGGACUCAUCGUAAUAUAUCCUUUUUCUCAAGAGAUGUCUCCUGAGCUAACUGCUUAUAGUGAUGCUGACUUUGGAUUGAGUGUCUUGAUUCUCGUCAAUUCACUAUUAGGUGGUGUAUCUUUCUUGGUGAUGCUUUUUGUGUUUUUAAAUCCUCCACCGAAGCUGAAUACCGAGUUCUGUCCGCUAGCAUGUUUUGAGGUUGUGUGGCUACAUGGUCUUCUUGGAUAACUUGGUUUUUCUCAAUCACACCUUACACUUCUCUCCAUGGUGACAACACUAAUGCUUUCAAAUUGUGGGUAAUCAUGUGCAACAUGAACACACCAAACACAUCAAGGUGGACUGUCAUUAUAUCUAGGACGCUUAUAAUUCCAAGGUCAUCACUCUUCCCAUGUUUCCAUUAGUCAACAAGCUAGAGAUAUCUUCACCAAAUCUCUAACUCACCUCCGUCAUAAUUUUCUCAUCCACAAAUUAAUGCUCAUAGACACGCAAACGUCAACUUGAGGGGGGUAUAGAAGUAUGAUUUAGAGUUACUUAUAGCUAACAGGUUUACUUGUAUAAACAAAUAUCAUAAAAUUAAGGAUUAAUUUUCCUUUCGUACAGUUAGGGUUUCCUUACAUAUAUCUAUAAAUUUCUCAGCCUUAGAGCCUACAAGCUUCAACCUUCUCCGGCUAGGUUAAACAUUAAAUGGGGUUGAAGCAAGCAUGAGAUAAGUGCUCAUGCAGUAUUUGCCUAGUAAGAAAUGAGCCUACAGAGAUCUCUGGGAACGGAAGAGCCAGCAGAGCUUCACGUAAAAAGUGUCCACAAUACUAUACAAUCUCCUGAAAUUGAGACCGCCGUCAUCAGUAGGGAUGAAAAGAUCCCUUCCAUCUCCUCCAAUGAAGACGAUGCACCUGAUCUUUAGAGUCUCACAAGAAUCGUAAAAAAAUUCUUUCUGGAAUCUUCAGUACUGCCUUAGGAGGCUAUAUGAUCUAAAGAAGAUUAAGAGGUACAAAGUAAAUAAUAGAUUUCAAAAGAGUAAUCCAAUCGCCCAAAAAUAUUAAACGAAGGACCUAUCCAAAUAUCCCGUUCCUGACCUUCUAAAUGAAUUCAUCAUAUAAGAAAAUUUAUUUAGCCCCCUAUAAAGCGGGACCACAAGAUACGUAAAAGGCUACUGCUUGUGUUUAAAGACAAUCAGGCGUUCCAAUCUCUUGAUCCGUUUAAUGGAAGCCUUCCGAGGCAAAAUAAGACUAGUCUUUUCUCAGUUCACCAACUGACCAAAUUCGCCCUCGUAAUGGACCAAGCAAUCAAGAAGACUCCAGAUUGUCUAUUGGCGAAUAUAAUCAUGUCAUCAACAAAAGAGAGCUGAGAGAUUAGAGUAUGACCACCGUGCCCAUAGUCAAUAACAGGGUAAGUCUAAAUUGCUACAUGAGAAGAUGAGAAAAGUAGUCAGCCGCAAUGAUGAAGAUAGAAGAAGAUUGGAUCCCCCUAUUGAAGGCCUGGAGAAAAGGAAAAUGAACCAUAGGGACGACCAUUUAGGAGUAUUGAGAAUCAAAAAUCAGAUAUGCAUCUCCUGAUCUUAUAAAUCCAAAGCUGAUCAAAUCCAAAUCCAUUAGGAAUGGAAUAAAGGAAACUCCAAUCCAUGUGAUCAUAUACUUUAGCCAUAUCAAACUUCAACACAGUAUUACCUCCUCUAACUUUGAUGCCCAAGGUGUGGAGAAGCUCCUUGGCCAAUAAAACAUUGUCUACAAUCAGGAGGCCAAAAAUGAGCCACUCUAUUGAGAGAUAAUACGAGGCAGUAUAGUACUCAGCCAAUUGUAUAAAACUUGGAGAUAAACUUGUUAAACACCGUGCAUAAACUAAUUGAUCUGCAAUCAGCCCAUUUGUAGACCCCUUUCCUUUUCAUGAGGAAAACAAAAGUAGUAGUAGUAAAAUCCCUUUGCAGGUGGCCCUAGCAAAGAAGUCCAAAAUGGCCCAAAAUACAUUGUCUAGGAUAAUUGUAGAAAACCAAUUAUGGAGAGACACUGUGAAUAUUAUGAUUGAUAGGAUUGUUAUAGAAUUAUUAGUUAGGUGAUUUAUUUCCUUAUUUAACAAAUUGGAGUCUUCCUUUUUUAUUCCAUACUUUGUAAUAUAAAUAGGUCAUAUUGGUUUUGUAAUAUUCAUUGAGAAUAAAAAAGAAGUUUUAUUCUUCAUGGUAUCAGAGCCUAGGUCGUCCUAACCUAGCACACCAAUGGCUGAAUUUCCCAUCAACAGCCAAGAAUCAAUGACCUCUGAAACUUCUCGUCUUGAAACAGAGGCCAACCCUUCCAUUGGAUCCAAUAAUCUCGAAAAUUCCUCAUUCCAACUCACAGUAGAAAAACUAAACGGGAGAAAUUUUCGAGAAUGGGCUCAAUCUAUAAAAUUGGUCAUCGACGGGAAAGGGAGAUUAGGCUAUCUUACCAGUGAUACAAAAAGACCAACCGAUACUGUGAGUCUGCAGAAGUGGAAAUCCGAGAAUUCAAUGGUGAUAGCAUAGCUCGUAAAUUCCAUGAAGCCUUCUAUAGGGAAGACUUACCUGUUCCUUCCAACGGCCAAAGACGUGUGGGAUGCCGUGAAGGAAACAUACUCCGAUGCCGAAGACGCAUCACAGAUCUUCGAACUUAAAACCCGUUUGUGGCAAACUAAGCAAGGGUCGAGGGAUGUUACUGAAUACUACAUGGAGAUGGUAUCCCUAUGGCAGGAACUCGACCUUAGCUUGGAGGAAGAAUGGGAGUGUUCAAAUGACAGUGCAAGGUACAAGAAAAAGGUCGAGAACGAAAGAGUGUUUGAGUUCCUAGCAGGGCUGAAUCGAGAACUUGACGACGUCAGAGGAAGGGUUCUAGGUCGGCGAUCACUACCCUCCACUCGCGAGGUGUUCGCAGAAGUCCGGCGAGAAGAAUCACGUCGGCAGGUCAUGAUGAAGGAAAAUUCUGAAAUUUCUGGACACAAUAAUGAAAGAUCGGCCUUAAAAUCACAUUUUGGGCUACCAUAUUUGAAAGAUAAUGGGCCGGCUAAUCUGGGCCCGACAACAGGAGGAUUAAAUAGAACUGGGCAGCAUUCUUUGGGCUUGGAAAUGAAAUAAAAGGUGGGCCAGAAAAUGAAACAAAUUUUGGACCAGCAAUUAAGAAUGGACAAGGAGCAUUAGGCUUGUCAUCUAAAGGGAUAGCCGGGCGACCCAACCAAAAACAGCAACGAGGAUGGCCAUGGUGUGAACAUUGUCGCAAACCGGGGCACAAAAAAGACACUUGUUGGGAUAUUCACGGGAAACCAGUGGACUAGAAACCAAACCAAAACACAAGGGGCCGAGGAUACCAAGCCGAGACAAACAUUAAUCCCACUCCAAGCGGGACAUUUAAUUCAGAACAAUCGGAACAACUCUACCAAAUUUUUUCGAGUCUCCAGACAUCCAAUCAGUCUUCCUCAAAAGGUUCAUCUAGUUCUUUAGCUCACAAAGGUAACUUUUUGAAAGCCUUAAAUACUUCACGACACAAAAACCCUUGGAUUAUCGAUUUGGGUGCGUCCGAUCAUAUGACGGACUCAUAUCACUUAUUUUCUUCAUACUCCACCUGUGCUGGAAACAUUGAAGUAAAAAUUGCAAAUGACUCACUCUCAUCGGUUGCAGGAAAAGGGAGUAUUAAAAUCUCUUAAUCUUUAACACUAGAAUCAGUCCUUCAUGUCCCAAAUUUGUCCUGUAACUUAUUAUCUGUUAGUCAACUUACAAAAAAUUCCAAUUGCUCAGCUAAAUUUUUCCCAUCAUAUUGUGUCUUUCAGGACCUUUCAUCGAGGAACACGAUUGGCAAUGCUAAAGAGUGUGAAGGACUUUACUACUUCUAAGAAGCUGAUAUGAGUAAGCUAGGUCAAUUUUCAAGUUGUAAUUCAACGUCUGUUUCUAGGGAUAGUGAAAUUCUGUUAUGGCACUAUAGAAUGGGUCAUCCUAGUCUACAAUACUUGAAGCAUGUACUUCCUUCUCUUUUCUUGAAUAAAACAUCAUUUGAACUUCAAUGUGAAAGUUGUGAAUUUGCAAAGCAUCAACGAACAAAUUUUCCAAAUUCCACAUACAAAUCAUCUAAGCCAUUUACCAUAAUUCACAGUGACUUAUGAGGACCUUCUCGUGAUCCCAAUCGUACACACACAAAGUGGUUUGUCACAUUCAUCGAUGACCACACUCGAUUAUGUAGGGUCUAUCUACUAAAAGAAAAAUCUGAUGUUCGCACAGUAUUCAUAAAUUUCCACUCUAUGAUUCAAACUCAAUUUCAAACACAACUUCAAAUUUUACGCACUGACAAUGGUACAGAAUAUUUCAAUACCACUUUGCAAGACUACCUAAAAAAACACGAAAUAGUCUAUCAAAGCUCAUGUGUCAACACUCCCCAACAAAAUGUGAUUGCUAAACGAAAAAACAGACACCUACUUGAAGUUGCUCGUACUUUAAUGUUCACUACAAACAUGCCAAAAACAUUCUGGGGAGAUGCCAUUCUAACAUCCGCAUAUCUCAUCAAUCGAAUGCCUAGUCGUACUCUCUUUCAACUCACCUAUACAAAAAUUUCAAAAGUACUAUCCUACUUCUCACCUCAGUUCAAACCUAACCCUAAGAGUGUUUGGGAGUACUGCCUUCGUACAUAUUCACUCCCAUCAUCGAAACAAAUUUGAACCACGUGCAAUCAAAUGUGUGUUCAUUGGCUACUCACCCACUCAAAAGGGCUAUAAAUGCUAUGACCCAUCCACAAAAAGGGUGUUUGUCAGUCUAGAUAUCACCUUCUUCCAAAGAACACCCUACUUCCAAAAUCCUUCUCUUCAGGGGGAGAAUCAAAAUGAAGAUCGGGAAUUCUUAAACUUUGACAUUUUCCCUUCUGAACCAACACAUACCACAUCUUCUAAUGUGCCAUAUACAGAAGGCAACUUGAACUGAGGGGGAGAUGUUGGAAAACAAAAUGACAAGGAGAUACUAGUUUACUCAAGGAAGCCUAAAUUGAAGUACAAGGAAAAUCUCACACCUGAGGCACCAAGAGAGUCGGAACCGAUGAUAGGACCUAAUGAGAACCCCUCCAAUGAAUCUCCAGACGAUUUACCUAUUGCUCUCAGGAAACAAACUCGGUCAUGUACUCUCCAUCCUAUUUCAAAAUUCAUGUCUUAUAAAACUCUAUCUACAGGAUUUCGUGUUUUUACAGCUAACCUAGAUGAAACAGAAAUCCCAAAAAAUAUUCAUGAGGCCCUGGAAUCACCCAAAUGGAGAGAAGCGGUAAUGGAGGAAAUGAGAGCUUUAAAGAAGAAUGGAACAUGGGAAAUGGUAAACUUACCGAAAGGAAAGAAAACUGUGGGAUGCAAAUGGGUGUUUAAUGUGAAAUACAAAGCGGAUGGGACUAUAGAGCGCUACAAAGCUCGUCUGGUCGCUAAAGGAUAUACUCAAACUUAUGGCAUCGACUACACAGAAACAUUUGCACCAGUAGCAAAACUAAAUACAGUCAGAGUUCUGUUGUCAUUAGCUGUUAAUUUAGAUUGGCCACUUCAACAGCUGGACAUCAAGAAUGCAUUCCUGAAUGGAGAGCUAGAAGAAGAAGUGUUCAUGACAAUACCACCAGGGUUCAACAGAGGAAAUGAAGAAAAACAAGUGUGUAGACUCAAGAAAUCCCUAUAUGGUCUCAAACAAUCACCAAGAGCUUGGUUCGAUUGAUUUGUGAAAGUAUUAAAAAAUCAAGGUUAUCAGCAAGAGCAAUUAGAUCAUACCAUGUUCUUCAAACAGUCUAAAGAUGGGGCAAAAACAAUUCUAAUUGUAUAUGUUGAUGAUAUCAUCUUAACUGGGGACAACACAGCUAAAAUGGAGAAACUAAAGAAAUGCUUAGCCACCGAAUUUGAAGUAAAGGACCUAGGACAGAUGCGAUACUUCUUAGGAAUGGAGAUUGCACAAUCAAAAAAGGGUAUUAGUGUUUCUCAAAGAAAAUAUAUUCUCGAUCUAUUAACUGAAAUUGGGAUGCUAGGAUGCAAACCAAGUGACACACCUAUUGAGGCUGGAAAAAUAACAAAGGACCUUGGUAACUCAAUGGAAAUAGACAGAUACCAAAGACUUGUUGGGAAGUUGAUCUACCUAUCACACACUAGACCUGACAUCACCUUCGCAGUCAGCAUGGUAAGUCAACAUAUGCACUCUCCUAAAGAAGCCGACUUGGAGGCUGUGUACAAAAUAUUGAGAUGUCUGAAAGGUAAUCCCGGGAAAGGACUGUUCUUUGAAAAAAAUAACAGAAGGGGAGUAGAGAUAUUCAAAGACGCAGAUUGGGCUGGAUCAACGGAAGACAGAUCUACUACUAGCUACUGUACUUUUGUCUGGGGAAAUUUGGUGACUUGGAGUAAGAAACAGAAAGUAGUGGCGAGAAGUAGUACUGAAGCUGAAUUUAGAACUGUCGCACAAGGAAUAUAUGAAGGACUAUGGAUAAAGAAACUCUUAGAAGAACUAAACGUCAAGGUGGAGCUUCCAAUCAAACUCUAUUGUGAUAACAAAGCAGCCAUCAACAUUUCUCUCAAUCCAGUACAACAUGAUAGAGCUAAACAUGUCGAAGUGGACAGACAUUUUAUCAAAGAGAAAGUGGAAGAUGAAAUUAUCUGUAUGACAUAUGUCCCUACAAAGGAGCAAACUGCGGAUAUCUUCACUAAAGGACUACCAAAACAAGUUUUUGAUACCUUCAGCUGCAAGUUGAACUUGAUUAACAUCUAUGGUUCAACUUGGGGGAGAGUGUAGAAAACCAAUUAUGAAAAGACACUGUGAAUAUUAUGAUUGAUAGGAUUGUUAUAGGAUUAUGAGUUAGGUGAUUUAUUUUCUUAUUUAACAAAUUGGAGUCUCCUUUUUUUAUUCCAUACUUUGUAAUAUAAAUAGGUCGUAUUGGUUUUGUAAUAUUCAUUGAGAAUAAAAAAGAAGUUUUACUCUUCAAUAAUCUUCCAAUAAUGCUGGUAGAAUAAAGAUGAAAAGCCAUCAGGGCUGGCAGUUCUAUCAGCGUCAAUACGAAAAAGCACAGUUUUAGUUCCACUGGAGUCUAUUCAUAUCUAGAAGUCUGAGUAUACCAGCCAAGUUCAUUUCAUUAUUAUUUCUACUCCCUAUAUAAGAAUAUUAUGAGAACUUUUAUCAACUUCCUGCUUUGGUUUGAGCAAUUUCUCUUUACGCCUCCGAGAACAUUAAUCAGAUGUCAACAAAAAUGAACAUAACCUCUUAGAGUCAAUUUCAAUUAUUUAAGAGAAUGUGGGAAUCCCGAUAUAAAAACCCAAAGUAAGUAAAGGAAAACAAAAGAAAUUUACAAUUCAAACAAAAGCAAGAGAUGAAACAUAAAUUAUAUGCAUGAUCCUUGCUAAGUUCUAGAUCUUCUAAAGUUUCUGUUAUUUUAAUACUUAUAUACUGAAAAUAAGAAGGUACUCCAAUGCCCUGUAUUCACUAUUUCAUCAAGUUCAAAUCACUGACAAGUUUAUUUUUUAAUUUUAUGAUACAAACAAGUCCAUUGCCUAGUUUAACUAUCACAAUGAUGCCAGGAGACUUCAAGCACUUUGUUUCUUGUCAGAGACAUGGACCACAUUAAUUGGAUUACUAGCCUUAGGUCAGAAUAGAGAGAUAUAUUUCAGAUAACAUAGAACAUAAGGA